UCGCUUUUGAUAGUAAGAUUGUAGCUGUCACUUCGACAGAAGAAAACAUUAUUUUUGAUUGUAACUAAUUUCAUAUGCGUGGCCGUUCUAUCGUGCUCGUCUCUGAAUCAAAAAUCAUAAAUAAUAAACCGAAACUUUGAUCGUGUGUUGAUAAAUAAAAAAGUGAAGUCAACAUGCCGACUAUUGGAAUCAAAAGAGAUGAGCUGUUUGCAGCUUUAAACAAAACCUACACCGACGAUGAAUUUCAGAAACUGUGCUUCGAAUUCGGUCUGGAACUCGAUGAAGUGACUAGUGAGAAGCAAAUGCUCACCAAAGAGCAGGGAGACGGUGUUCAAGCCGACAAUGCUUCGGACGAAGUCAUCUAUCGAAUAGACAUUCCAGCCAACCGAUACGAUUUGCUUUGUAUUGAGGGUUUGGUGUCUGGACUGCUGGUAUUCAUGGGGCGGCCGCCACCUCGAUUCAAGGCUAUCAAAUCGACUGCCAUCACUGAGAAGAUGACAAUUUUACCGAACACAGCGAAAAUUCGUCCAUUCGCUGUAGCCGCAAUUUUGAGGAACAUCUCAUUCAAUCGGCAAUCGUAUGCCAGUUUCAUCGAUUUGCAAGACAAACUUCACCAAAACAUCUGUCGAAAACGUAGUCUGGUUGCCAUUGGUACGCAUGAUUUGGACACCAUUCAGGGACCGUUCUUUUACGAUGCCAAAAGUCCGGCCGACAUAAAAUUCGUUCCGUUGAAUCAAGAGAAAGAAAUGAACGCUACCGAACUGAUGGAAUUCUAUUCGACCCAUGCGCAACUGAAGCAAUAUCUGCCCAUUAUCCGUGAUUCGCCCGUGUAUCCAGUGAUCUACGAUUCAAAUGGUGUGGUACUGUCACUACCGCCAAUUAUCAACGGCAAUCACUCAAAAAUAACAUUGGAGACGAAAAACGUUUUCAUCGAAUGUACAGCAACUGAUCUGACAAAGGCAAAAGUGGUUCUGGACACAUUGGUCUGCAUGUUUUCGUCGCAUUGCGCCGAGCCGUUUACCUCGGAAAUCGUUGAAGUCAUAUCCGCUGAUGGAACGUCGAACUAUUACCCGGAACUGCCUUACCGAACCGAAGUAAUAUCGCCGAAAUUAGCCAAUUCUUACAUUGGAAUCAAUGAAACACCGGACUCCAUCGCCGGACUUUUGACCAAAAUGUAUCUCAAAUCGGAGGUCAACGAAACCGGUGAAGUUUCGGUGGAAAUACCACCGACUCGUCACGAUGUAAUCCAUGCGUGUGAUAUUUAUGAAGACGUUGCUAUCGGUCACGGCUAUAAUAACAUCAAACGGGUUCUGCCACCAACCAUGCAUAUUGGACGACAGUAUCCAUUGAACAAAUUGACGGAACAAUUGCGAGAGCAAGUGGCCCAGGCCGGAUUCACUGAAGCUUUGACUUUUACAUUGUGCUCGAGAGAUGACAUUUCGACUAAAUUAAAUAAGGCUCUUGAAGAUGUUCCGGCUGUUCACAUUGGCAAUCCAAAAACUUUGGAAUUUCAAGUUGCCCGUACCACGCUCGUACCCGGCCUGCUGAAAACGCUAUCCGCAAACAAGAAAAUGCCUUUGCCGUUAAAACUUUACGAAAUUCAAGAUGUGGUCAUUGCUGACGAAAAUACAGAGGUCGGAGCACGAAACGAACGUCGCAUCGGUGCAGUGAAUUGCAGCAAAUCAGCUGGUUUCGAGAUUUGCCACGGUCUGCUGGACAGAAUUAUGCAACUGCUGGAAGUACCGUGGAAAGGCGAAAAUGGUUACAGUUUACAGAAAGUCGAAGACUCAGCCUAUUUUCCCGAUCGCUGUGCAAACAUAGUGUACAAGAAUGUGGUGAUCGGUAAAAUUGGAGUUUUGCAUCCGACCGUACUGCAAGCAUUUGAAGUGUCUCAUCCGUGUUCGGUGGUUGAAUUCAACAUUGAACAAUUCGUCUGAAUCACCGGGGGUUGCUAGGCAACACACGUUGUCACAACAGAGAAAAUGUUUACCGCUUUUGAUUACAUCAAUAAAACGUUCAUUUUACGCUUGAUACUGAA